CAUGAAUGAGGGACCUGCAGGGUGAGAGACGUCUUUUACUGAGUCAACUCUGGAUCUAUAAAACACACUUGACCUUGCGCUGAAUAAAAAAAGACUGAUGACUCUGACGUGGGAUAUUUUAAAAAGACAUUCUCUUACAAUUGAAAAGAUUUUGUAAGGCUAUCCCUUUGCUUGGAAAUUACUGCUACAGUGAAGUGAGUGAGUAUGAGAGGGACAGCAGCAGCAGCAGCAGCAACAGCAAGUGUCAUCUGGUCUUCCAACUUGGGGAGGGCUUUGGAGUUUAAAAUGGUGUGAAUAUGAUAGCCAUCGAUAUAGCUUAUGCAAGUGGAGAUCUGUCUGCACUAUUGAAAGUUGACAGUUCAGAGGCACUAAUCUGACAAUAAGGACUGUAUAAAUCAACAACAGCACAACAAUUUCGGAUAUCAACAAACAAAACUGUUGGGGAGCAAAAAAGGGGACAUUGUCUCUGGCGGCUGCAUGAGAAAGCGAGUUGGGAGGACGCAAAGGCAAAAGGGCAAGAGGAAGCCACCCAGGAGGUGAGUGACGGAUUUACCCUCGGAGGGGUAAAACAUGACUGUGGUGUCCCAGGAGAACCACGACGACACUGUGGUCGUAUCUCCUUUGUUGCAAGAUGCUGCUGACUUGGAACCCGCGGACCAGGAGUGCAGCGAGAGGGUGGUCAUCAACAUCUCAGGUCUGCGCUUUGAGACGCAGUUAAAGACCCUCUCCCGCUUCCCGAGCACGCUACUGGGAGAUCCGCGUAAACGGAUGCGUUUCUUUGACCCGCUGAGAAAUGAAUACUUCUUUGACAGGAACAGGCCGAGCUUUGAUGCCGUCCUCUAUUAUUACCAGUCAGGAGGACGGCUUCGGAGGCCCGUAAGUGUACCUGUGGAUAUUUUCCUGGAAGAACUAAAGUUUUAUGAAUUUGAUGAAGAGGUCAUAGAAGUUCUCAGAGAAGAUGAGGGCUUAUCGAGGGAAGAGGACCGCCCGCUGCCAAACAACGUGUAUCUACGCCAGCUCUGGCUCCUGUUUGAGUAUCCAGAGAGUUCAGGUCCUGCUCGGAUAAAUGCCAUUGUGUCAGUUAUGGUUAUUUUAAUAUCCAUAAUUAUAUUUUGCUUAGAGACUUUACCCGAGUUUAGAGAAGUCCCCGCAGUGCCCGACAAUCACGCCAAUGGAAGUGCUCACGGCAAAGCGCCCAGUCCGUUUACAGAUCCAUUUUUCAUGGUGGAGACACUUUGCAUCGUGUGGUUCUCCUUUGAAUUCACCAUGAGGUUUCUCUCCUGUCCCAGUAAAGCAGUUUUUUUUAAAAACAUAAUGAACCUGAUUGAUGUUGUGGCCAUAGCUCCUUAUUUUAUCACCCUGGGCCUUGAUCUGGCAGAGCAUCAGGGCAGCAGUCAGCAGGCUGCGUCAUUGGCCAUCCUGAGGGUCAUCCGUCUGGUCCGUGUUUUCAGGAUUUUUAAACUUUCCAGACACUCCAAAGGUCUCCAGAUUCUCGGCCAAACGCUUCACGCAAGCCUCAGGGAGCUGGGACUGCUCAUAUUUUUCCUGAUUAUUGGAGUCGUUUUAUUCUCCAGUUCUGUUUAUUUUGCAGAAGCAGAAGACCCCGAAUCUGGAUUUUCAAGCAUACCUGAUGCAUUUUGGUGGGCUGUGGUGACAAUGACCACAGUUGGAUAUGGAGACAUGUGCCCAUCCACCAUUGGGGGGAAAUUUGUUGGAUCUUUGUGCGCCAUCGCCGGAGUGCUAACCAUAGCUUUACCUGUCCCUGUUAUAGUGUCAAAUUUCAAUUAUUUCUACCACAGAGAGAACGAGGAUGAGGAAAAUGUUCAGUACGUACAUGUGACAUGCGGGCAGCAGCAGCCCUCCUUAGGUGAAUCUGAUUCAAACAAAAGUAACCUGUCGCUUUCCAAAACAGAUUCCUUUCAGGAAAGCGACGACUUGGAAACUUUGACAUAUCCAAACGUAACCCCAGUGGAGACAUACACAGGGAGACUGUCAGACGUAUAAACGUUGCAAGAAGGUUUUAUUUCUGGAGGCAGACGAUUAUAGGAAGCGUGUCACUCCUUCACAGUCGCAGCAAAAUACAAGCAUGGGAUUCUCUUCUUCUCCAAAGUAUUGGGACAUUUUCUCAUGGCUAUAUUCGUGCAUCGCUAGUGUUGUAGCCUACAGAGACCUCGUGGAGAAAACGCUUUGAAAAUGUUCAGUCUGCCUUAAUGGACAUUGUGUGUAUCAUCAUUAGAAAAAACAACAUUCUUUUGUGCAGGCUUUAUUAAUGACCACGCUUUAUUUGUGUAAAAAAACCUGCGUUUUGUAAUUCUGAAUUGUCCCUUUUCUUAUGCAGCUUUUAAUGUAAAGUUGGAGUCGCAACUGGCCUCUCUGCUGUCACAAACAUUCGGAUUGCAUUGCAGCUCCUGUACACAAUGCCAUAGCCCCAGUCAUUACAGUGCAAUGUCUGCAUGGCACGAAUGCAAUGUGAAUUUUAAAUGUAAUGAAAUAUUUAUUUUUUUAAUUUAAACAUGUAUGUGAACUUAACUUAAUCAUUUUUAUAAAUAAAUUUUGACUCAGAAAAUA